CAUACCUACUUGUAGACUCCAUACAGUGCUUGGACAGUCCCAUGUCUCAUCACACCCUCAACCCUUGACUUUCAACAUCAACCUCGAAACCUCACUUCAAGUCGUCUUCAAAGACAGUUGACGUCCACCACACCCACAACCUCUCUCAUCUCACUCCCUCAUGUCAAUCGACCUCAGCUGGGAAACCGUCACCGGCGGGCCCGACGGCCAAGAGCUCGCCCAUAAAAUUCGCGAUUUCAUUCACAACAAAUUCCAGUCCGUCCCUCUACCGCGUUUCAUCAAGUCCGUCACCGUCCAUGACUUUGAGUUUGGCUCCAUCCCUCCCGAGAUCGAGCUAAAGGAUAUCACCGACCCUCUCCCCGAUUUUUACGAAGAGCAACCCGGUAUAGAUUCCUCAGAGGAAGAAGACUCCGAAGAAGACAUCGCCUACGAAAAUGAAGGCGAAUAUCUUGACGACCCAGCCGAGCAGUACGGCAGGCUGAGAGGCGCCUCAGCCUCCGAAUCACGGCGAAGACUCACAGUAAACAGCAGUACCGGAAGUGGCAGAACCAGCGGCGGAAACGGAAGCGGCGGGCCGAACUCAGGCAGAGUAGCCUACCUCCCACCGCACCUAAACCCACACUACAACGGCAGCGGCAACAACAGUUCUCAAAGCCUGGAUCGAGAUGGCAGAUACUACCGGGACCCAAACACAACAGGCGGCGGUCCCGCCCACGGCACAAACCAUCAUCACGCCGACCUAGGCUCCCCCUUCCUCGGCGUCUCCACCCCCGGAAUCCCCGGCGGCACCUCCAACUUGAACUUGCACUACUUCACCUCGCAAUUCACCGCCGGCCUUUCCGGGACACAAACGCCUCUAGCCGCCGUAGCCGGCGCCGCCCACCAACGCGGCCCCUCAUGGAUAACAGACCAACAACAAAAUAACAUGUUACCAGGAGUCGGAGGAGUAGCAGUAGGAGGAGGAGGAACAGCAGCAGCAGGCCAAGGCCUUCACAGCUCAUCCACGCCCAACCUCCGGCUCCACUUCCCCGGAGUCGGAACUACUAAAAACGCCCCGGGACCCAGUCCCCUCACCGGCUCCAGCACCCCGUUAGGCGCCCUGGGAACCGCCGGAGGCGUGGGAGGCAUCGGCCGCGGAAUGGGCAUGGCGGGCAUGGGAAGCAUGGGUAUGGGUGGCAUGGGAUACCCACCGACUGCUCCUGUGCUUGCCAUUCCCACAGGUCCGAGACACAAGAGGAAUCCUUCUUCGCAGAGCUCGAAUUCGGUGGGUGAUUAUAGCCCUGUUGCAGCGCCGGCGGCGGAGAGACAGGGGUUCUUUUCGCCAUCGUCUUCUUCGCGAACUUCGCCGUCGGCGGCGGUGGGAUUGGGAAUCGGAAGAGGGCUGCCGGCUGGUGCGCUGGGAGGGGCAGGAUCAGGACUACUGACCGGCAGCGGACCGAGUAGGCUACAGAUUCCCAAGCAAGGAUUGAGGGAGAAGCAUAGCGUGUCUACGUUGGCGCCUAACUCGGCUGGACCGUCGUCGUCGAGUAAUCAUAAUCAUGCGGGGUCGGCGAUUCUGGACGAUGAUGAUGGGUUUUUGGAUGGGAUGCAUGAUAGAGAUCCGGUCCAACAACACCUGGACGUUGAGGAAGAUGAAGAGGAGGAAGAGGAAGAGGAAGAAGAAAGACAACGGUUUCGGGAACCAAGAGUGGAAGACAUCCAAGCUGUGUUCCGCAUAAAAUACGCUGGCGACGUGAAGCUGUUGUUGACGGCUGACAUCUUGCUGGAUUAUCCCAUGCCCAGCUUUGUGGGGAUUCCGGUGCGGUUGAGCAUUACCGGAUUAACGUUCGAUGGCGUGGGGGUGGUGGCGAAUAUCAGGAAGAGAGUGCACUUCUGCUUUUUGAGCCCUGAAGAUGCGGUGGCUGCUGUGGGCGGGGAGGAGAACAAGGCUGCUGGGAGCGGGAAUGGUGUCGGGAUAGGAGGAGGCAGCGAUGGGGCCAAGACGAAGAUGGGUGGGCUGUUGCAAGAAAUCCGCGUUGAAAGCGAGAUUGGGCAGAGGGAAAGUGGGAAGCAGAGCUUGAAGAACGUGGGUAAGGUGGAAAGGUUCGUGUUGGAGCAGGUGAGGAGGAUCUUUGAGGAGGAGUUUGUUUAUCCUAGCUUUUGGACGUUCUUGGUGUAGUGGUGCUCACUUCAUACUAACC